AUGUACAGACAAAGUAAGAAGUUACAACUAGAAAAACAGCAAAUUAAAACGUACCGCGUUUGCUCAAGCACGCUAGUCUCGGGCACAGUAUUUGGUUUCAAAGGGUUUCAACUGUGGUUGUAUAAUGUGGUGUACUUAGUGAAUUCACGGCAACAACGAGAACUUCUGGGCUGCAAAUCCGAUAUUUGUAAGCGAAUGUGCACAGAUAAGGAAGGAUGCAACUCACCGCCCCAGAACCUAGUGCCCUCUCCCUUCUCUCUCCCCCUUCUAACCAUCGACCCUAACCCCUACGCUCCUCAGCACACAGAGAUCCCGACCUUCCAAUCAUCUCCCUCUCACCCCCCAUCUAACGGCAACCUUAACCUCGAUCGUUUAUUCUGGUGGUGGAAGGAUUGUGGUUUCUGUCCGUACGCAGCAGCAGCGUCACGAUCUGGAUACGAGCGAUCGCGCACGAGCAGGACCAUGUAUCUAUGUCACAUGAUGCUCAUAUCCCCCUUUUCCUCCGUACGGAGGAAAGACAAGAGCAAUAGAACCAGAAAACAUGUUGCCCUCACCUUACCUACCUUGUACGCUGUGCACACCCUAGCUGUCGGAGCCCAUUCAACAUGUCUCGCAAAGUGGGUGCACAAUCCCGGGGUAACUAUAAUUUCAAUUAGGGGAAGCGAGGAAGGAAUGAAAGUCCAUAGUCAGAUGACCUUGACAUGGAAUGGGUUCGGGAUUAAUUGCCAAGUUCGUAGUGAAUACUUCUCGAGCCUUUCUGGUGCUUCUGUUGAAGAAAGCCUUCCUUAUGUUUCCCCUUGGGUACCCCGAAACCUGUUGAAGUGGCAGGUAUACCCAGUAACCAUCAGUUGGUGUAAACAUCUUCAACUGAUGCAGGAGCUAUUGGGUAGUGUAGGGUUUAUAGCCGGAGCUGCGCUCCUUAUCCAAUACCAGCGUUCCCAACCGUACGUACUACGACUCGUAGAUACCUCCCAUUACAGACCGUAA